CUUCCUCCUGCCAGUGCCCGGCUUUCCUUUCCUCCCCUCCCCCUCACGGUCGACCAAGUUCUUUUCAGAGAAGUCGCCUUGUCGCCGCGGGGAUUUUUCGAGCUGCUCCUGCCACUGUCGCCGCUGCCACCCCUGGGCUCAUUUGCCCCGACCCCUUCCCGCCGCCCCGCCCCCAACCCCACGCAAGAUGUCAGAGGAUCUAGCAAAACAGCUGGCAAGCUACAAAGCUCAACUCCAGCAAGUUGAAGCUGCAUUGUCUGGAAAUGGAGAAAAUGAAGAUUUACUAAAAUUAAAGAAAGAUUUACAAGAAGUUAUAGAACUAACCAAAGACCUUCUGUCAACUCAACCUUCAGAAACUCUUACAAGUUCAGACUGUUUUGCUUCUGCGCAGCCCACUCACUCAUGGAAAGUAGGGGACAAGUGUAUGGCAGUCUGGAGUGAAGAUGGACAGUGUUAUGAAGCGGAGAUUGAGGAGAUAGAUGAAGAAAAUGGCACCGCUGCAAUCACCUUUGCUGGCUAUGGCAAUGCUGAAGUGACUCCACUGUUGAACCUCAAGCCUGUAGAAGAAGGAAGGAAGGCAAAGGAGGACAGUGGAAGCAAACCCAUGUCAAAAAAAGAAAUGAUUGCCCAGCAACGUGAAUAUAAAAAGAAGAAAGCUUUGAAAAAAGCACAGAGAAUAAAAGAACUUGAGCAGGAGAGAGAAGACCAGAAGGUGAAAUGGCAACAGUUCAAUAACAGAGCCUAUUCUAAAAACAAAAAAGGCCAGGUAAAGAGGAGUAUUUUUGCUUCACCUGAGAGUGUAACUGGCAAAGUUGGAGUAGGAACUUGUGGAAUUGCUGAUAAACCUAUGACACAGUAUCAAGAUACCUCUAAAUAUAAUGUUAGGCAUUUGAUGCCUCAAUAAUCAGAAAAACUGUUGGAUUUCAUCUCUGCAGGGCUUUACAUUUACCUUUUUAUCCUUAUAUUUUUCUAAAGGUAAAUUAUUUGUUAGAUGAGUAAGGAAGACACUUUGUCAUUGUUUGACUUCAGUAGAAUGAAACUUGAAGAAAUUGCAUUUGAUAACUGCUAUUCAUUUAACUUUCUUCAUUACUACCACCACCACCACCACCACCACAGUUUCCUCAAAGUUUGUUGGGUAGAGCAACUUUUCUAGACAGAUGCUGCUUAAAUAAAAGCACUUAAAUGAAUUGUUAACCUUCCUAAUAUCAGGCCCCCACUUAACCAGAUGCCAUAUACUUUUUGUAAAGUCCUAACCUGGAACUUUCAGAACCUUUGAACUUGCUACAUAUUCUAGCAAAUCAGUGGAACGUCAAGGCAAAACACCAAACUUCUACAGAGAUCUUUUUCUUACCUUAACCAUAGCUGUUGGCCAGUUAAACCUAAAAUAGAUUAAUUUGUAAGUGGCAAGGUCCGUUUUGAGGUUUUUCCUUCAGUACUUGUUUCCUAAGCCUAUUAGGCCAUCUCUAAAAUUGAUCCAGCUCUUUUAUUCUUUUCAUUGAGUUUUAAUUCUAUGUAAGAAACCAUGUUUAGGACCAGCUACCUUUUCUAAUGUUUUUUUUCUCUCUCUCUUUUUCCUUUUGUUUUCCUUUUUCUUUUUUGUAUGUUUGCUUUUUUUCCUGUGUUGGUUUUUCACUCACGGUAGUGGUACCAUUUUUUUGGAUGUGAAAUGUUUAUAUGAGAAAACAAAAAGCUGAUGUAUAGCCCUGUAUACAGUGUAGAUACUAUUUUUGUAAAAAAAACCAAAACCAUAAACCAAGGCUAAAUUAACAAGAGUACUGAAUGUUUCAUCAUUAAAAAUUUACUGUAUUUCUUGUGCAUUAAUCUGACCAUAAUUUCCCUGUAUAUUAUGUUCAUGUUAGCUGAGUUUGGAAUUUUUGUUAAUUAGAUCAAGUUGUCAGCAUUUACUGGUGUAAGUGAACAUCACAGUUUUCCUGAGUUGAGUUUAAGCCAAAUACAUGCAUAGAAAAGGGUCUUCCUGUUAAUGGAAGAUGGUGAUUUUUUAGGAUGUUAAUUUCAGUUUUUGUAUGUUUAACUUUUAUUAAAUAAAGUGUUUUUAAAAUCUCUAGGGUGUGUUCUCAGAAAAGUAAAGUCUUAGCUGCCAGCAUUGAUAAUGAUUAAACCUCAAUGUACUUGCAUACAUCAAUUCCACAGAAGAGAAUGAGUAGGAUAAAGAUUUCAAUAAAUCCUUAUAUACUCCUCUUCCAUUAGACAUAAGAAAUUGGAUUCUAAAGUUAAACCAGUCUUAUUUUAAGGACUUGAGCUUUGUAUAGAGUUGUUUGUAAAUUUUUGGUAUAAGGGGAAAAAAUUACUUUGUGGAUUUUAAUUUUUUUGGUAAAUUGAAACUUAGGAGGGUAGUGGUGAGAGGUAGAAUUUUUCAUCUUGCUCCUUCACCAACCCAGGAAAUUACUUCUACAUCCUUUAACUUAUGGUCACAGGUAGAGCACGAAGGAUAGAAUAAAAGAUGAAGUGUGUUUUAAAUACAAGGUACAAAUUAGAGUGAAAAAUAGGCCACUUAGCCUGGAAAACUUUAAAAAUAUACUAAUGUUCUUGUUACUUAGUUGUAAUGCUAUAAUAACCAACAGUAUCCUUGAAGGAUUGCAAUGGAACCCUUUUAAUUAAAAAGCACAGGACAGGUGUUUGGUAUAAUUGACCAUGUAAAAUGAUUUUUGGUGAGAUUACCUUAGUAUGUUUGUCAUUCACCUGGUGUUUGUGUAGACAAGACUCCUGUGUUGAGACUUGUGCCUUGUUUGACCCCAUGGGCCUUCCUUUCUGCAUAUUAAUUUUUUUGGAGGGCUGUGCAGUAGGAUGAGGAGUAAAGGUUACUAUAUUCUAUGAUUUUUUUUUUUUUAGUAGGCAUAUAUACUUGAGAUCAGGAGCCUUUGUGUCAAAGACCUAGGUUGGCUCUUUCAAAAGACCUAGGUGUCAGGAUGAUGAUAGUGUCUCUGACAAAAAAGUUAGGACACCUGGGGAGAUAGAGUACCUGUGUUGUGUUGAAGUUGAGAAGAUGCUUAAGGAGAAGCAUCUCAUGAUACCAGUAAUAUCUUACAAAUGAAGGUAGUUCUCAGUACUCUGAAACCAAAUAUGACACUUGGUCUUAUGAAGCUGUGUUACAAAAUUUAAUGGAGUUUCCUGUUAAGAAAGACUAGACAAGCUCGGUAACUGACAAAUCCAGUGGUUAGUCAUUUAGGGCCCCCAAGUUGCAUGCUCUUCAAAACUUGACAUUUGACUUUAUUAUUGAACAGUUGAAGGAAAGAACAAUCCUAACACCCUCGAAGUAAAUAAAAAUUGUAUUAAUCACAGAUAACAUGCUUUUUAAGUUAACUUGUAGAAAGGCCAUAUUAGAAGAGUAAGGACUCAAGUCAGACUCAUGUUUGAAUCCUGGCUCCCUUAUUACCUGUACAUAACUCCUCGUUGCUUCAGUUUUCUCGGCUGUAAAAUGAGAAUAAUUCCUGUUUCAUUAAGUUGUAAGGAUGAGUGAGUUAAUAUGUGUAAGUGCUUGGAAGAGCACGUGUCAUACUGUAAGCACUAUAGAAAUAUUUGCUGUUACUGUGCAGAGUGGUAGUGAUGAAUAGCUCAUCUUUUUUCCUUAACUUGAACAAUAAUUCUUAUUAAAAUGCAUAGUAAUAGCCAUUGCUUAAAAUUUGUGGCCCCCAAUUAUACACAUUACUGAAAUGUCAAAUUACCAAACUUGUAAGUAGUAUAUCCUAGUAAAGGUUAAAAAUUUUAUAUUAGAAUAUCUUAGGGCACAAUUCCUAAUGGGAAGGGAGUACAGGUUAUACUUACUUAAAAUUAAAGAGGUACUAAUCCAGACUUAGCUAAGGUGGAUCUGUCUACCCCACAGGUGAUUCCGAUAUGCAUUCCUGGCUGAAAACCAUGUGUUUUGGUAAACACAGGUGUGGGCAAAAUAAGUUUACUGUGCUAUUGUGACAUUCUUUUGAGUUAAUAAAGCUAUUGUACUAAUCAUA